CGACUUGACAUAAUUACAGUGGAGUUUGAUGCACCACUCAGGGCCAAGAAGCCUGUAGUGUCUCUUUUAAAAGACUUUUAUGGCACCACUUCGACGCAGUAUAUUUUGUCGGUCUUUUGUUUUACUCUUAAAACUAAAAGAUAUUAUAAAAGUCGGCCCCGACAAUGACGCACAAGUUGACAUAAAAUACAGUUUUGAGGAAAUGUAAUUCAAAUAAGAAUUUGCAUGUAAAACAAAAAAAAUUUACUGCGAACUUAUUUAACGGUACGAAAUCGACCAAUUAAAACUUUAUUUUAUUCCUUUUUUGUUUUGUCUGGACGAAUUGUCAAUUUUUAAAGUUGUGCUUUAUAACUUUUUCCCUCUAGGUCACUAACAGCACCAUGGAAACAGAGCUAAAAGCCAUAAGAGAAAAAACGGACCACUGCGUGAAAGGAGCGAAAGAAGUUUGGAAGUCAGAGACUGACGAAGCCUCACGCGUGAUCAAAGAUUUCGGGUCUUACACUACGCUACAUGGGUUCCAUUUCAUAUUUGACUCCGGCUCGCUGAUACGAAGAAUUAUCUGGAUAACCCUAAUAUUGCUGGGCAUUGUUUUCCUUUUCUUCCAAUUUCGAGAUAACUACAGAAAAUAUCAAAGGAACCAGAGCAUCAUAAGCAAAUCCGUUGAGCACGAUGAAAAGCUUUUAUUCCCUGCCAUAACUAUAUGCAACCAGAACAUGAUGAAGAGGAGCAAAAUUCUUGGAACGGACGCCCAAACAUUCCUUGACCAACAGGAUUUUGUAAAAAUUCACGUCUUAGGUAAAAGCCUCAUGGACAAAGAAGUUGAUCCGUCGCUUAACGUUGACGAAAUCGUCACGAACAACAGUCAUGUGCUCUCCGAAAUGCUGCAUAAGUGUACCUUUCAACACCAGGAAUGUUCAGCCGCUAACUUCACUUCAUUCCUCUCAUUGAUGGUAAAAGUAAAUGAUAAUAUCAGAUAGAAACAGGGAAAAUAAUGAGCUGUUAUUGAAAAGAUGAUCAGAUGAAUACGAUAUAAAGAUUUAUACAUAUCGCGGAGGGUGUUACCUGCCAGAGGGGCCGAAGGCUGAUGUGGUAACACUCAUCGAGAUCUGCAUAAUUCUCUUCAUCAUACGAAAGCCGACGAAUAUUUCCCACCUUAUAACAUUCUUUCUAUGCCUUAAGUUUCUUUAAACCACUUUCCAGGCCUGAUGUGCAGUUCGAUGAUAUGACUGGAUGUCAUAGCACUUAGUAGUAGUUAAUCUCCCUCACGUGGCUUUUCAGUUCUUGUCAGUUUCUUGCUAUCUAUUUUGGUCAGUACCUAGACUAAUUCGGCUAUUUUGUCUUCACUAAUUGUUUUAAAAUGCUUCGAAAUCUUCCAGCCAUUUUCCUCAAGAAGCUUAGGUUGUUUUGUGGUGACAUGCAUCCUUGCGCAACUCAUAGAAACUACUCGUGUUAAGUGAAACACCUCAUAAGUCCAAUCAUUUUAUUACUAGCAAUCUCUCUUAUUAUACAGCUGAAUCCACGAAACCUGUACUCUGAUUGGCUACCUGGGAGGGCAAAAUGGGUCCACCUUACCCCCUCGGGAUUUCCCGCGUUGGUCCCCCAAGAAAAAGGAUCUUUUUUUGGCAAUACAAUAAAUCCUUUAUAUACCAAGCCUCGACUUUGUUUCGGUCCGUAUAAAACGCAAAAAAGAAUUUAGCCAAACUCGCUCAUGGCUGAGCAUGGUUGGUCAAUAACGCAUAUCUAUAUAAUUUGUUUAGAGUUAGCGCGUUGUAAUUGAAUGGAUAUGGGGAAAAGAAAAUCUUUCAACCAUCCUUCAGGCUAACUCGUAUUUUUUAGAUAAAUCAAACGUAUGGAAAUCACAAAAGCGAAAGGUUUUAAUUAGUAAGACUAAAAUGUUCAUGAAGAUAUGUUGGUUCGAUUGUACGUAACCCAUGCAGAAAUUAAUCUCGACAUCUCAUUGGCCUAGAACUAAACAUAACCAAAGAGCUACCCUAAAAAUAUAACAGUAAUGCCUGGUGAAGACGCUCUCUAACCUCCUGUCUUUUUGCUUGGUAUAAUACUCGACGACGAGGACGACGAUGAUGAUGUGAUAAUGAUGGCCAUGGUGAUGGGGAUAUUGAUGGCGUUGAUGAUGAUGAUGAUGAUGAUGAUCAUAUUCAUUGUGAUAAUUUAGUUCCCAGUUGUAGUGCUGAUGAUGAUGACGAUGGUGAUGGAGGUAAUGAUGCGUUUUUUCCAUGUGACAGCGGUGGUGGUGUUCAUGGCGAAGACGGUUGAGGGGAGGGGGGCGGAUACUUUUCUAUUAGAUCCGUCAGUAUUCUUCAUGUAAGAGGCGAGAUGAGUAAUCUAAAGCGUUUGGUAUUUUUUUCCUUUUCAGCGAGGCGUAUGUUAUACGCUAAAUUCUGGGCAUCCGAAUCACACUAAACUGUACGUGACUACAUCGGGAAAAAUACAAGCGUUGACACUCUCCCUGGAUGCACAGCCAGAGGAGUACUAUGGACCAUACAGUUAUGACGCAACAGGUUUUAAAAUUUUGGUUCAUGAUCAAAACGAGUCGUAUCCCAACAUUGAAGACUUUGGUGUGGAUUUACCACCUGGUUUCACUACCAAUAUACGCGUGCGAAGGACUAAGGUAGGUUUGAAAAGAUUGUCCUAAUCAUUAUUUGAAACAUCUUUUUCAGAAACCUCGUCCCAGUUGUUCAAAAGGUGGAUAGCCUUAUCCACUGGAUAAUUCACUAUCCAGUUGAUAACGCAAUUAGUUUCCGUAAUACUUAUCCAUUGGAAACAACCUCGUCCCCAGGUCUUUUCCCUUAAAAAAUGGGUGGGGCCAUUUUUUAAGGAAAAAGCCCUGGGGACGAUGGAUAGCGAUUUAUCCGGUGGAUAGCGCCAUCCAAAUUUUGAACAACCGAGGCCAGGCUGUAAAUCGCCCAUUUUUUCGGGGGGCAGUUCUCCCGUAUGUGGCAUCGAUAGGUCCCGCAAAAUGGGGUGUGAUUUCUGAGGGGCUUGAUCCUUAAAUAGGGUGUAGUUUUCGUCCUAGUUGGCAUUGUGGUCCCUGUGUGAUCCUUAGUUAGGGUACAUUAAUUGUAUCAGCUAAAAUUCUGGUACGUAAUUGUAAAUACCCGACUACUGUUAGUGUCAGGAAAGUGAUCUAAUGUUGUUUUCCCUUUUCCCUCUGUAAUUAUUGCACUGUAAUCUUUGUUAACGUUGUAAACACAUGUGCCUUUUGGUGCUCUGUUGAUAAUAAAGCUAUCUAUCCAUCUAUCUUAAAUAGGCUGUCAAUUUCUGUUUACGUUAUUCUUAAACCUGUGGGGAACACACCUAUCCGAAAUUUAUGGGAGUAUCCCCCGGGACCAAGAGUAAUGCCAUCCAAGGCCAUAAAGAUUACAGCUGACCAUAGGAAAAACAGCUUUAGUUUACUUAAUCAUUUUUCACGUCUUGAUUGUAGACAAUAACUCUUCCGAAGCCAUUUAAAUCUGGUUGUGGUACAAAGAAGCUGGACUCAACUUUUCCGGUUUACACGGAAUACGCAUGUCUGUUGGACUGUUACACUAAGAUGGUUGUAAACGCGUGUGACUGUCGCAUGAUAUCAAUGCCACCGAUGAGUAAGAUAUUUCUUGAUGCAUUAAUGUAAAUAGCUCUUUACUCUUGUUUUGCACUUAUUUAUGUUUUCUCGAGAACUUUUGACGAAUGAAAGCUCACAAAAUGCAAAUUGCGCGAUCUUUCCUUAUUAUUUUUCUCCUUAUACUUUUUUUCUGUUGCGCGCGCUUAGUUUUUCAAGCGUUAUUUCCAUUACUGGUAAGAGUGUUUGUAGAUAUUGAAUAGUAGUGAAAUCUCGUAUUGGUGGUCAAUUCAGUAAAAGGUUUUCGAAGAAUUUAAGAUACGGUCCAGAUAAGAACGAUAGCAACAACGGCAACGAACAUGUUGGAAUGCAGAAAAGGUGCUAACUUUUCUAUUGUCUGUACUUACUUCUGAUUGGCUUAAACAGCAAAAGUUAACAAAACUUCAUAAAGCAGUACAUAUAUUCAUCCUUACUUUCCAGCCAUCUUCCAUAUAACAAAAUCUGGUCUCAGUUUGAAUAACAAAGAAAUCCUAUGUGGGGAACAUGUAAAAUUGUAAACUUUUCUUGGCUAUUGUUUUCAACUCUUGUGAUUGGUCAAAAUCUUUUAACGCAAAAAAACACCCUUUCAAAGUGGAGUGUAAAUGCAUUUUGUACAGGUAAUCACAUGAUUUCGAGUGCAAUUUGGAAUAAAUAAGCACGAGUAAAUUUUUUCAAAGGCUAACAAAAUUGCACGAGCCCGUAGGGCGAGUGCAAUUUGUGGUCUUUGAAAAAAUUUACGAGUGCUUAUUUAUUCCAAAUUGCACGAGAAAAAUCAUGUGAUUACUUAUUAAUAAUAUUCAUGAAAAAAUUGCGAGAUAGCUUUAAAAUCUCUUUAAUAGGGAGUCAACCCGCGUAAACUACGAGCAAAAAUAAAUUAUUCAAAUGCUNUUGGAAGAACUAAAUUCUCGGUCACGUACAAUGGACAGGGUGCAGCCUUUGUUCUUUAAGUGUCUAUCAAGCGAUGCCUUCAUUACUUUAAGGCUUUCUGGUUCAUAAUCUUCACCUUUUUUGUAUUGUUUACUUCGGCGUAGAAAUGCUCGAGCAAAGUGUUAAGCUCAGCCGGCUCAUAAUUUUCUAUUUCAUCAGUAAUUACCUUACCUACGCACCAAUUCUUCCAAAAAGAGAGCCAAAAACCAGUGCUUUUCGCAGUGUUUUCCUUUUUAGAGCGGUUUUUCAGCUCCUCUACAGUUGUUUCGGUCGCAAAAGCAAAUGUGCUGCAAACGCCAACCAUUGCGGUUUUUGCUCGAAACUGGUCCGGAGCGGAUCAAAAUUUUGCGCCAUUUAGAUGGCGCAUUUGAUUGGCUCUCAGUGAGUUCCUUUGUUUUUUAGCCUAUCAGAAUGUCACGUUUGUUACUCUUUUCUGCACUAAAUUACCUUUUUUCUGCACUCAAUUACCUUUUUUCUGCACUGUGUUACCUAAAAACUGCAUUCCUCUUAGCCAAUCACAAUCGAGAAAUUUUUUCAUGUAUAUUAUUAAUUGCGUAAACGGCCGUCAUGUAGGUUUAUGCAUUCUCUGUGUAAAAAUGAGAACAUUCCUAUGUGGGGAAAGCACCGUUGCCGCAUAACAAAAGAAAUUGCUAUCCACCUUACCCGGAUCAUUACUUAAACGGAAAUGGAGUUUCAAGUGGAGAGAAAUGCUGUCGUUCUUGACCAACAACAUGGCCGCCGUGACGUCACAUGCAAACCAGCAAUAGAUAAAUGACGUCACAUGACGUUUUUACGUCCACCAUAUUAUCGUCCAAAACAGAUGUCCCAUGCAAACCAGUCCUGUGGGAGAUGUUGAGCCAUUUACUUAUGUAAACGUACACUUUCAAUUUGCACAGCUUCUGGCCACGUGAGUAAAAACUGACGCGCGCCUUCUUUCCUCAGAGUGUCGGUCAAAUGUUAUUGCGUCACUUCAUGUUACUUCUGCUGGGUUUCUACUGAAAAUUACGGAUAAUUGAUCAUCUUUUAUUAUACGUUUUAGCCCACAAUAGAUAGACUGUUCGCUGAUAUUUUUGCUGGCCUGUCCAUGUAUCCGUAGGAGUUCUACAUUUUGUAAACAUUUGUAAAAGGCAACUCACUCUUUAUUGAUCGCAGGAUGUUAUAUAUUUUAUUUCAUUACGGGGUUCAGCUAUCAGUGGAGGCAUAGUGAACUAGUCUCCUCGAAUGUGUAGGUAAAGGUUUUAGUCUUUCCCAGAGACCUGACCUUUAAUGCUCCACCUUGUCUCUUUCUACACUGCCUGGUGUGACAGAUUAAUACUGUGAACAUCUGGCCGGGUGAUGGUUGGGGGCGGGGGAGACUCCUUGGUGCUUCAACAUAAACCGAAAUUAGCUCCGCCGUUAUAGGCCUCAUUGGCUUAAAGCUUUUCUUCACCCUCUGCUGUAAAUUAACUAAGUCAAACGUCAUGGUUCUGGGCACAAAUAAAUUUUACAGUUAUUUCAACAGGUGAAGUUAAUCAUACAAGAUUCUGUAGUGCAAAAGAGCUCCUCAAAUGUGCUUUUCCAAAAGCCAGUAAGUAACAAACAAACAAAAGUCUUAACAGCCAUUUUAAAUCUCUGAAAAAAGACUAAGUCGGAGAUAUCGACAAGAUUCUUGUAUCCUUGUUUUAUAGCAAAUUUUAACCCAAGCCGCUGUGAUUGCCCCGUGCCGUGUGAAAAAAUUGACUAUCAGGUGCAGUCCUCCAUGGCCUAUUCCCCGUCAAGCCACUUGUGGGAUACCCUCUUGCCACUCUAUAACGUCGCACCAAAUGAUACAGAAAAAGUCAGAGAGUACCAAGACUAUGUCAGGUAAACCUUUUGUAAUGUAAAUCUGUUCGAAAUUCUCUUCGAAUCUCCCUGAUCUUCCGCAAUAAUUGCUACAUUUCGAGCACGCGGGUAAGAGUGUUUCAGCAGAUUUCAAACACUGAAAAAUGGAGCGUAGCAAAUUUUUUAAAGCAACUUUGAAGUCGGCGGAUUUAUUACCCUUGCACUAUUUUCAAGACAACUAUCGCCUCUUCAAUUCAUGUAUAGAUUGUUCACUGUUUGCUUAUUUUCUUUUUAACGAAUUCGAGAAAAUACUUAUUUCUUUUAAAACUCUUCACUCAGCUACUCUCAUCUUCCAACCCACCAACCUCUUAUGAUCAUUACGCACAAGCAGGUAGCCUAAUGUCUUGAAUCCCCUCAAUUUUUAGAUCUUACAAAGAGGCAUGCGUGGCCUUGCAGUGGUCUUUUCAGACACACUAGCCGUCCCGGGUUCGAGAUCUACUCAGACCACUAGCUGGAUUUGUUUCUCGGUCGUUCCUAGUUAAAAUCCUUUGCUACGCUUGUAAAUCCCCAACUGGUUGCCUUGUGUUAUUUAAUUUGAUUACCGUUUUUAAUUCGAGUGGAGUACUUUUAGACAAGGUGGAAAGCUAAAUGCACUUCACUUCCACAUUACCUUUUUACCAUUUAAUGAAAUGAACGCAGCUAAACUUGAAUCGACAUAAUUUUAUUUGAUUUUAACUACUACUGCUUUUUGUUUCUUUUGACUUGUUAGAAAAAGGAUGGUACAAGUGAACGUUUAUUAUGAAACUCUGGACACAGAGGUAACCGAGGAAAAACCUGCUUAUGAUCUCAACGAUUUUGGAUGUAAGUAUGAACAGUACCGGGGUCUGUCAGGUAUAGUCGAUUCUUUUUCAGACCCUUCUUGAAGACCGACACCUCCCUCACGAUGGCACCCGCUGUUCUUCAGUCAUUUUUUACGUCCACAGACGCAUGUGCGUCUCGUCUUGGAACUUGACGGCCUAAAAUGACGUACACAUCUGAUACGUCCGUCGAUUACACGCCGUUCGCGUCACUUUGCCCUACUAUUUGUACUACGCAGCUAUCAUAGACGUCUUCUGAUUUGGAUAUGGGAUAUGGGCAACAUUAUCGUCCGUGUUUUUUAGGGUAGACUGCAAGCAGUCUCUUAUUUUUCUUUGCAAAGUUGCUCGACGGGUAACCCAUGCACGCUUGUCCCUAAUAGUAACGUCGUUGUUUGUAAUCGCACUGGCUGAGAUAACAACUGAACGGAUUUCAAAACAAAAGGCGGACAGCAGGCAGUCUAAUUAGUGUGCAUUUCAAUUUCCUUUCAGCGGACGUCGGAGGUAACAUGGGAUUAUUUUUGGGCUGCAGUCUGCUGACGCUAUGUGAAUUUGUUGAUUUGAUUGUGAUCAUGUGUCUUCAGUGCUGGCGGAAAAAGAACGCAGUAGUUCAUGCGAGGGAAGAUCACUUUAGAUAA